AUGCAGCUGAAUGCGAUAAAGAGACUAACUACACUGCACCAUAUGGGAAUUAUUAAGUGGAACCGUUCCUACAGUUCAGUGCUAGUCUCUUAUCCUUCUUACCAAGACAAUAGAGAUUAUGAAGUAUUGUUUAAUCUUCUUCAAUCAUGUAAAACCUCAUUGGAUAUCAGAACUGUGACGAAAAUCCACUCAAGGGUUAUUAUAUUUGGUUAUGGAACUAGUCCGUCUCUUAUGGCUUCUUUGAUAUCAAAAUAUGUGUGUUGCAAUUACCACAGUCUUGCUUUCAAAGUUAUUGAUCAAGUUUUCUGUCGGAGUAUUGAUUUGGUGGAGUUGAAUAUGAUUAUUGAUAAUCUUAUGAGAAAGGAAAAUUAUAAGAUUGCCAAAAUGGUUUUUAAUAAAAUACCUGCACGAGAUGUGGUUACAUGGAACACAAUGAUUGGAGGUUACGUUAGAAAAGCACGAUUUGAGGAGGCAUUGAGGCUGUUUAGAGUUAUGGUUAAAUCAAACGUUGAACCAGAUAAGUUUACGUUUGCAUCUGUUAUAAAUGGUUGUGCAAGACUUGGAGCUCUUAAACAUGCUCAGUGGGUGCACAAGUUGUUUAUUAAGAAAAGAAUUGAGUUAAAUUUUAUUUUGAGUUCAGCAUUGAUAGACAUGUAUUCGAAGUGCGGUAAUAUUCAAACUGCAAAGGAGAUUUUUGAUAGUGUCCAACGCAACAAUGUCUGUAUUUGGAAUUCGAUGAUUACUGGUUUAGGAGUUCAUGGGCUUGCUUUAGAUGCAAUCAAGGUCUUUACAAAGAUGGAGGAGGAAAAUGUUUUGCCUGAUUCUAUAACUUUUAUUGGAGUGUUAACAGCAUGUAGCCAUUGUGGUUUGGUCACAGAAGGUCAUAAAUACUUUGAUUUAAUGAGAAGUCGAUACUCGAUUCAGCCACAACUUGAGCAUUAUGGAGCCAUGGUCGAUCUCUUGGGUCGAGCUGGGCUUCUAGAAGAGGCUUUUGCCAUGAUCAAAUCAAUGCCAAUGGAACCAGAUGUUGUUAUAUGGAGGGCACUUCUUGGAGCUUGUAGAACAUACAAGAAGCCAGAAUUGGGUGAAGUGGCCAUGAAAAAUAUAUCUCGUCUCAGGAGUGGAGAUUAUGUCUUGUUGUCAAAUAUCUACUGUUCUCAGAAGAGAUGGGAUACUGCACAAGGAGUGUGGGAAAUGAUGAUAAAGAAGAGAGUUCAUAAAAUUCGGGGAAAGAGUUGGUUUGAGUUGGCUGGUGGUCUUCACCCAUUUAAGGCAGGUGAUAGAUCUCAUCCUGAAACCGAAGCGAUAUACAAAGUGUUGGAAGAAUUGAUCCAGAGAACAAAGCUGGCAGGAUAUGUGCCCACGACAGACUUAGUUAUGAUGGAUGUCUCUGAAGAGGAAAAGGAGGGAAAUUUGUAUCAUCACAGUGAAAAGUUGGCUUUGGCCUAUGGUAUCCUCAAGACAACCUCUGGGAUGGAAAUUAGGAUUUCAAAGAACCUCCGAAUCUGUUAUGAUUGUCACAACUGGAUAAAAAUGGUUUCAAGGCUUUUAAGCAGAGUAAUUAUUAGGUCAAGUUUGCUUGGAACUUACAGCAUCAAGAGGAAAGCAUCUACACAUGCUGGGAUUGUGCAGAUUGAGUUGAGACUUGCCAAAAUUUGUGAUAUCUGGUGGCUGUGCUCGCUGGAAGAGUUUAAAGGGUUGGCAUUGAUUAGAGCUAGCCCAUUGAAACUGUUCGAGGAUGCACAUAUGAAAUCUGUUCUGUCAGUCACAGGUUCAGGUGGAUGUGCAUGUGAAGUGGCAGUAAUAUCAGGGACAGAUUCAUGUGAACCACACAACACUUAG